CCUAUGCCAUCAAAUGUUACAGCUGCGACUCUAAAGACUCCUGCAAGAGUCCCAAAAAAGUAGAAUGUACAUAUAAAUUGGCUAACGAUACCAGAUUAUAUUUAGAUGCCCAUCAUACCGGUGUUAACCUCAAUACAACCAGUCCAUAUAUUGAAUGUUUCGCGGAGGAUAUUAAGAGCAAUUUUGGUGACUUCAGAUAUAAAGGCUGUAUUUAUCAAAAUAUAAAUGCUUGUCAAUUACCAUUGCGUCCCGUCCACACUAGUGGAAGUUCGAAACGUACGUGUUCCCAGUGUGACAGCAAGAAUUAUUGUAAUCCAGCUGGUCGUGCCAGUAUCAGUGGAUUUGCAUUGAUCGCUGUUGUUGUUGUGGGUUUGGUGGGACGUUCUCUUUGGGCUUAG